GUUUUACGUCAAGGGCGAGUGCGCCAAGGGCGAGCAGUGCAUGUUUGCGCACGGCCUGCAGGAGAUCCGCUGCGCCCCCGACCUGCGCAAGACGUCCCUGUGCCCCGACUGGCAGUCGGGCAGGUGCCCGCUCGCCGCGGAGGAGUGCCUCCGCGCCCACGGCCCCGAGGACCUCCGCGGGACCCCGGCGUACCUCAGGACCUCCCUGUGCAAGCAGUUCCUCAAGGGCAGGUGCCGCGCCGGCUCGGCGUGCCGCCACGCGCACAGCGAGGGGGAGCUCGAGAAGAGCCUCCGCGCGGGCGCGGGCACGUUGGCCGGCAGCAGCACGGGCUCCGAGCCAGAGGACUACGCGCGCGGCGGUGAGGAGCCCGUCAAGACUCUGGGCUCGCGCGCGGGCGGCGGUCUCGCAGCG